CGUCAUUUCAUCCUGUGUGAAGGAAACAGCCAGUGUGUGGAGUCCCUUCUGUCUCAUGGAGCAGAUCCAGACUACCAGCUCCCCCACCUGGGCUCUCCUCUCUAUGUCAGCUGUCUGCACCGACACACCGCCUGCUCCAAGAUGUUGUUGGAUAGAGGAGCCAGUGUUAAUGCAGGCAGAGGAGGUGAAAGCCCUCUGCAUGCAGCAGCCAGACAGGACUGUGCAGAUCUGGUGUCGGUUCUACUGGACCAUGGAGCUGAAGCCAAGCUCAGAGACGGUAACGGACGGCGGCCUGUAGAUCUAGCCCCCCCUGGUGGAGAGACGCACCAGCUCCUUGUGGCAUUUGAAGGUUCCCCCCGGAGUCUCUGCCAGCUGUGUCGUCUGCGGAUCAGGGAUAUGAUGGGGCCAACCAGGAUCAAGCUGCUUCCUCUGCUCCCACUUCCUUCACUUCUUACUCGAUAUCUGGAGCACAUGUAGAGCAAUGCAGGCUGCAUGUUAGCAUCUGUAUUUCUAAGUCUAGAUGUAGUGAGUGGAGUUAGUACUUCCUGCCAGCAUGUCACCAUGGAUUAAACUGGAUGAAGGAACCACAGUCCACCCUGAAGAUGCAUGUCAUCUCCCCACACUCACUUUAUCCUCCCUGUAACUGGAGACUUUUUAAAUUUUUUUGUUUGACAGUAUUUUUGCUCUGGAUUAUAACAUCUACCUGGAUGUUCUUUGGGAAUAUUUCUUUUUUUUUUUUUAUGUCAGGAUAGUUGUACAUUUGUCCAUAAUAAAAUGCUUAUUUUAUCUUGGUGACAUUUUCAGCAAUCAGACGGUGUAGAUGUGUCUGCAUUUGAAGCAUAAAGUGAAAUAUUAGGAAGGAAGUUCAUUUUUCCUAUUUCCCCUGAUUUAAGUAGGUGAGACAACUUGCUAAUGGAAUAAGAUGAUUUACAUUUAAAAUAAAAAACGUAUUUACAAUAUCUGAUUAUAUGGGUUAACAUACUCAUUCCAAUAGCAGAGCAUCUUAUUAAUC